AUGUCGACUUUGUUAGGUGAAGAAAAUACAAAACUCGAUAAGCUGGGUAACACUGUAUCCACCGAAUCAUCUGAAGACGCAUCUCCCCCAACCAAGAAGGAACAACGAGCUGCUGAGCGAAAGGCUCAACUUGGAUUAGCGGCUUCCCCACCAGACCAGCGAAGAGGGCCUGACCGGGGUAUAUUUCGUGAUGUUUCUCGGGAACAGCAAGAGCAACAACAGGAGCGCCAAUACGACCAGCGUCUUGCAGAUGAGCGUGAGGAGCUCCGUGAUGAUCGUCAGCGUCGACAAUUCGAUCGACAUGGUGGAUAUGGUUUCAGCAACAAAGAUAAAAAGUCCAAGCAAGGAUGGGGUGAUCCUCUUGACGACUUGAAUGCUGACUACGAAAUGGAUCCAGCCGAUCCAGCUGCCGAUCCCGAUGAGCCAGCUCAAUGA